AUGAGCGUCGUUGCUGCCAAGCAGCCGCAAAAGACGUACCGAUUCGAGGACAAAAAGCCGUUUUUCAAGCACUUUUAUCCAAAAGAUGUAGCCAUUUUGGCUGCGCGGUCUGCCGCAAUGCAGGGUAUGAUGGUUCUGAACGCGUACAUGGCUACAUUGGAAAUUGAAGUGUCGGACGACGAGGAUGGGGAAGAGAUUGGGUCAAGUGAAGACGAAUUUGAAGACGUGGUCGCUAUUAUCAAGGCCAAGGGAGAGUUUGUACCGCCUUCGAUCGAAGAGUUCAGUCUCGCUAGUGCCAAGUCAUUUAGCAAGUCGCUGAGCAUCACAACUUGUGUGCGCUCCCUUGAGGAGGUCGCGCUGCGCUACUGCCGUCCGCAGAUUGUCAGCAAACUCAUUAAAGACAUUAGCAAGUCAGCUAUGCGCAAGUAUGCACGUACGUCGAGCAAGCUGGCCUCGGCGGCAUUGAUGGUCAAAACUGGAAUGCGUGCCAAUGUGUUGAGUCACGUUGCCAUCUUCUUGGUUGAAGAGACUCAGCAGCUCGUCUUCAUCCUUUACCGACGCUUUGUGUCGAGAAAUAAUGGAUACAGAUCCAAGAAGAGUUUGCGCUCGAUUGAGGAGGGCGUUCAGAGCACUGAAAGUGACAACGAGGAGGACACGCUGGCGACUUUUAUGUCCAGCACGGGUCUCAAUGCUUCUCGGUCGGCGCUUGCAAUCAUCACAGGAGGGAUUGGUGCGGCCGUCGGCACAGCAGUGCGACCAGGUGUUGGCACGAUGAUUGGGGGUACACUGGGUGACUCCAUCGCGUACGUACUGUUCUAG